AGAAGCACAACCGCAGCUCGGCCGCGAGCAUGUCACGAAACGCCGCCCCCUUCAAACCGCUCCUCCCGUCCCCGAGCUCCCGCCUCCGCGCCAAGCCCCUCACCUCCGGCGCCACCGCCACCACCUCUCCACGCCGCAGCGUAGCCGCCUCCGCCUCCUCCCGCCGCGACAUCCUCCUCCUCGUCCCCUCACUCGCCGCCGCCUCGGCCAUCCUCCGGCCGCUCCCCGCCGCAGCCGCGACCGAUGAAGUGGCGUCCCCACCACCUCCUCCCGCCGAUCCUCCGACCCCCACCCCGCCGCCUCCCCCACCGGAGCCGAAGCAGCCCGACGAGUCGCCCAUGUCGAGGGUGUACGACGCCACCGUCAUCGGGGAGCCGCAGGCGGUGGGGAAGGAGGCCAGGCCCCGGGUGUGGGACAAGCUGGCGGCCGCGAAGGUCGUGUACCUCGGCGAGGCCGAGCUCGUGCCCGACCCCGACGACCGCGUGCUCCAGCUCGAGAUCGUCAGGAAGCUCGCGGGCCGCUGCAAGGAGGCCGACAGGGGCCUCGCCCUCGCGCUCGAGGCCUUCCCCUGCGACCUCCAGCAGCAGCUCGACCAGUUCAUGACCGGAAGGAUUGAUGGCAGCACCUUAAAGCUGUACACGUUGCACUGGCCAGCAGAGCGCUGGCAGGAGUAUGAACCUCUUCUAAAUUUCUGCCGUGAUAAUGGAAUUAAGCUUGUUGCUUGUGGAACCCCACUGCAGGUGAAAAGAACUGUCCAAGCAGAGGGGAUUAGUGGUCUUUCAAAAGCAGAAAGAAAGGCGUAUGCUCCUCCAGCAGGCUCUGGCUUCAUUUCUGGUUUUACAUCUAUCUCGGGUCGGUCAUUGAUAGACAAGAUUACAUCAACUCGCGACUCUUCUUUUGGUCCGGACUCAUAUUUAUCAGCACAGGCAAGAGUAGUUGAUGACUAUACCAUGUCUCAGAUAAUUGUGAAAGAACUUAAAGACAGAGGUCCUUCAGGGAUGCUAAUUGUUGUGACGGGCGCCAGUCAUCUUAUAUAUGGGCCACGAGGAAUUGGUGUGCCUGCCAGAAUAUCUAAAAAGAUAGCAAAGAAAGAACAAGUUGUGGUACUUCUUGAUCCUGAAAGACAAAGUAUAAGGAGGGAAGGUGAAAUUCCAGUUGCUGAUUUCUUAUGGUAUUCAGCGGCUAAACCUUGCAGUAGAAACUGCUUUGACCGUGCUGAAAUUGCUAGAGUUAUGAAUGCUGCUGGCAGGAGGCCGGAAGCUUUACCUCAGGAUCUUCAAAAAGGAUUAGAUCUUGGAGUUGUUUCUCCUGAGAUAUUGCAGAACUUCUUUGACCUCGAGAAAUACCCCGUUAUGACUGAACUGAUUCACCGAUUCCAAGGCUUCCGGGAAAGAUUGCUGGCAGACCCCAAAUUCCUUCAAAGACUAGCCAUUGAAGAGGCUAUAUCAAUUACAACCACUCUGUUAGCACAGUACGAAAGACGGAAAGGACGAUUUUUUGAAGAAAUUGACUAUGUCAUCACUGAUACUGUCAGAGGCUCUGUUGUCGAUUUCUUUACAGUGUGGCUUCCUGCUCCAACUAUUUCAGUGCUUUCUUAUACUGAUAAUGACUCUGGUCAGAGCUUGGACUUUGUCAAAGGCCUUUUGGGAUCAUUGCCAGAUAAUGCGUUCCAGAAGAAUGCCUUUGGUCAGAAUUGGAAUACGAACCAGAGGGUUGCAGCAGUAAUAAUCGGCGGUCUAAAACUUGCUGGUGUCGGGUUUGUUUCUAGUGUUGGGGCUGGAGUUUCCUCAGAUCUCCUGUAUGCUGUUCGAGGAGUUCUGAAACCUUCAGUGAGUGCGCAAGCAGGGCGAAAGAGAGCUCCUAUUUUGAAGUCAGCAGCUGUUUAUGGUUGCUUUCUUGGAACAUCAGCAAAUUUACGGUAUCAGAUCAUUGCUGGCUUAUUGGAGCAUCGGCUAGGAGAGAGCUUGGCAACUCGCUAUAAUCAGCCACUUCUUGCUGGUCUCUUGUCCUUUGUUGCAAGGACGGUUAACUCAUACUUGGGAACUCAGCAAUGGGUUGAUCUGGCUCGGUACACUGGGCUACAAAAGAUCAAGGAACCGCUUCCUUCUGAAGAGGUUCCCACACCACCUGAAACAUCCCAGCUAGAAGUGUCCCAGUUAGAGGGCGGUAGAACAGAAGUACAAAAUUCGGAUGACAACAGCAAUAUUGACCAAUCGAGUGAUCUGACCAAGUGAUUUGGUCACUUUGCGGCGCCUUCAAAGUCCAUAACCAGAUAGGAUCAAGACAAUGUUGAGCCUCACUCCUGAAUCAAAAAGGAGUGGAAUUUUGUAUUUGGGAGAAAACAGAAAUUACUACAUUUUCAAGUAUAGUCAUUUUAGCCGACCCAAUUUGCUUGGAACAAAAGGCUGUGAUGUUGUUGUUGACGUUGUUGUCAGCUAAUAGUCAUUUCUCUAGAGUAAAUAUAAAUAUACUGCUGUAAUCUGUACUCUGUACAUAUUCAAGGAGGACACCAUCAGUAUCUAGUGGAUUCGCAGCAGCAAGGGCUGUCAGUUGUAACUUAA